AUGCCCAGGGACACAGAGCUCGUGUGGAACAUGGGACAGAUCCAGGUCGAUGCUGUUCAGUGCCAGAAGGUCCUUCUCAGGUCAGCACAGUCCUCCCCACUCUUCCUCAUGGAAAUCAUCCUGGCUUGGACACGGAUGAUCCUCCAUCCCUGGAGGAGAAGGUUUUCCUCCUCCAUCACUGGGCUACUGGCCCCUGGCGACCUUGACGAGGCACUGACGGCUCUGUUGGUCCUUGGCAGUGCCCUGGACAGCCCGGGCCGGCUGGACGAGGAGCACCGGCUGAUCGCCAGGUACGCCGCGCGACUCGCCGCCGAGGCCGCCAGCGCCCCCCGCCCGCCCUCGGACCUGGGAUUCAGCUUCGAUGCCAACAAGCAGCAGCGGCAGCUGAUAGCGGAGCUGGAGAACAAGAACAGGGAGAUCCUCCAGGAGAUCCAGCGGCUCAGGCUGGAACACGAACAGGCCUCUCAGCCCACCCCCGAGAAGGCCCAGCAGAACCCGACCCUGCUGGCUGAGCUCAGGCUGUUACGGCAGAGGAAGGAUGAGCUGGAGCAGAGGAUGUCAGCACUUCAGGAGAGCAGAAGAGAACUGAUGGUGCAGCUGGAAGGGCUGAUGAAGCUGCUCAAAGAAGAAGAGCAAAAGCAGGCAGCGCAGGCGGCGGGCUCGGCUCAGCCCUCGCCCACCCACGGCUGCCCCAUCCCGAUGCCCGUCAGGUCCAGCUCCGCCGGGUCCACCCCCACCCACGGCCCGCAGGACGCGCUCGCCGGAGUCGGGGGAGACGUUCAGGAGGCCUUCACACAAGGUACGAGGAGGAACCUGCGCAAUGACCUGCUGGUAGCGGCCGAUUCCAUCACCAACACCAUGUCCUCGCUGGUGAAGGAGCUUCACUCAGCAGAGGAAGAAGACGAAGAAGAAACAGGGAAGCUGCAGAAUGGGAAGGACCGAGGUGAGGGGACAGACGUGAAGGGAAAGAGAGACAAUGGGCACGUGGAAACUCUAUUUGGACAUAAAAAGUACUUUUUUACCCCGACUGUGGUCAAGCACAGGUUAGGAGGGCAGCUGAGGCUGGACAGCAAUUCAGAGAGCCAGGGCUUUGGGUUAUACCAAGGCCCAACAGACGGACAGACAGACAAGAGGGGCCGAGGGCGGGAGGGGAGGGAGCCGGAGCUCUGUGUGACAAGUGUGACAAUGUCUCCACAGACCUGA